UUAGAUUAUGAUGAGCCAAGGGGAUAUGACUAAGACCUUUAAAUACAAUUGCUCGGUAAGUCUCUGCAACAGACAUGCUAUAAUAUUGAUGUGCAUUACUAUAUUUCUUCUAAGCGGUAACUUCCUAAAAGCCUUUAAGAAUCUUUCUCAGUUCCUCCUAUCAUAUGGUAACAGAAGGAAGUGCAUCGCCUUUCUGAAUUGCAUCUGGCUGCUUCUGAUGAGGAUGCCAGGAAAAUGCAAGCAUUCAAAAGCACAGGUGCACUUUCUCUGUACAAUACUUGUAAUUUUCUGCUCCAGUCACCCUGGAGAGGCAAGUAGACCAAAAUGGGGAAGUGGAAGAUGCACUGGCAGAGUAUUUGAGAGAGAGGUGGAAUCACAUUUUCCAGGAGACAAGGAUUGCAUUGCCUAAUUCACCACUUUAUCAGUACUUACAGGAUUUGGGGCACACUGAUUUUGAAAAAUGCUCAUCUGUGGUACAAAAGCAAGAAGAAUGUACAGCCAAAGAGGGACAAAAAGACAUGGAUACAAGUCCCAUUCAGAAGAAAAGCAUCCUGUCAAACCUAGCUGAGAGAUUUACCAGCUGGCUACUUUUUUUAACACACAAGAGAAAGGAUGAUGUGCUCCACCAGUUGGAUGUUGGUUUUCGCUCAGAGGCUCUCCACACCAUCCUGCAACAGGAAGUUCUGCUGCAGGAGGAUGUUGAACUGAUUGAGCUGCUUGACCCCAGCAUCCUGUCUGCAGGACAGCCCAAGCAACAGGAAUGUGGACAUCUUCCAACGCUACGCUCCCUAGCAGCUCCUAAUAUUUGGGAUAUUUCAUUAUUUUUUGCCAUCAUCAGCACCCUGAUUAUUAUUCCUUCUUUAUGGAAUGGGUUCCUUGGACUUGUGUGGGGAAUAGGCCUAUUGGUUUACAUAAGCUUGAGAGCUUUGGACACAUUGAGGACUGCCAAACUGCAAAUGUCUCUCAGAAAAUGUCAUAUCCAACUAGAAGAUAUUGUAGCAAAUUGCCGAGCAUUCACCAAUCUUGUGAGGAAAGCUUUACGGCUCAUCCAAGAAACUGAGGUCAUUUCCAGAGGAUUUACUCUUUUGCUUGACAGGGUCAGUGCUGCUUGCCCAUUUAAUAAAGCUGGACAACAUCCUUAUCAGCAUCUCAUGGGUCUCCGGAAAGCUGUGUACCGAUCCGUACGAGCCAAUUUCAGAGCCUCAAGACUUGCCACCUUAUAUAUGCUGAAAAAUUACCCAUUGAAUUCUGAGAGUGACAAUGUGACAAACUACAUCUGUGUUGUGCCUUUUAAAGAAUUAGGCCUAGGACUAAGUGAAGAGCAAGUGUCAGAAGAAGCAGCACAUAAUUUCACAGAUGGCUUCAGCCUGCCUGCAUUAAAGGUACUAUUUCAGCUUUGGGUUGGGCAAAGUUCUGAGUUCUUCAGGCGGCUAGUUCUUCUGCUUUCGCCUUCCAAUGCAUCUCUCAAGACUCUGAUUACAGCAGAAAGUUUGCCUCUUGCUAUCUUUUCUGAUGUGACUCAAGGCCUCCCUCAUGCUCAUGCUGCUUGCUUAGAAGAACUUAAACGAAGCUAUGAGUUUUAUCGGUAUUUUGAAACACAUCACCAAUCCAGUCUGGAAAGAUCAGUCAAAACUCGACAGAAAUCAAGAGAGCUGAACCAUCUCCAAACAGCAGUGCGUAGUUUGCAGCUCCAUCUAAAGGCCUUACUGAAUGAAGUAAUAAUUCUUGAAGAUGAGCUUGAAAAAUUUAUUAGUUCCAAAGAAAGUCAAGAACUAACCACAGAGGCCUAUCAUAUUGUAGAAAAAAAACUGCAACUCAUCCAGCCUCACAUGCAAGCUAGCAACAGCUGCUGGGAGGAGGCCAUUUCUCAGGUGGACAGAAUGGUUCGAAGAAACUCAGAUAAAACAGACAAACCUGAACCAUCAUGUGAGAACAAGCACUGCACCACGAUACCCUUACAACAGCCAACUCUACACAUAGAGGAUAAAGAUCCAAUUCCUGAAGAACAGGAACUUGAAGCCUAUGUUGAUGAUGCAGAUAUAGACAGCGAGUAUAAAGGGGAUGACUUUUAUUACUUUUCCUUGGAAGACAGAGAGAGACAAAAACGUGAAAGAGAGGAAUCAAAGAGAGUGCUACAGGAACUAAAAUCUGUGUUAGGAUUUAAAGCUUCCGAGGCAGAAAGGCAAAAGUGGAAGCAACUUCUAUUUAGUGAUCAUGCUGCAGUGAAGCACCUGCCUGUUGCAAAAUCAGAGGAACCCAUAAAUACUUUGGGGUUGUCUGUGAAUUCAGAGUCAGAGAAACAAUAUUAUAUCAGAAACUUGGAGGAGACUGUGUAUAACCAAAAACUGGAAGCCACUGACAAAGAGAAAAGUAGGACGGAAUACUUAUCUGAUGGGUCUGGUGUGAGUAAUAAAAAUGACAUUGCUGCUAACGAUAACUCACCAGAAAUUGAAAAAAGAACAUGUUAUCAAUGCAAUGGAGAAGGUGAAGAAUCUGAGCUGACAGAUGUGGACAGAAUGAACGUGUUGCAGCCAACUGACAGAGAUAUGUUACAGUCCUCCAUCAAACAACGGCUGGCUGAUCUUCAUAUAUCAACAGAUUUCAAUUUUGCAUCUGGUUUAGCAGCACAGGUUGCUGCAAAGUCACUUACCUUUGCAAACAUGCAAGAGCAAACAUUUGGAGAUGAGGACGAGGAGAAUGAAGAAACACAAGAGGAUGAAGAGUUUUUUGAAAAACAUAAAGGAGAAGGAGAUAACUGUAAAAAUGAAAGAUUAUAGAGUUCAACCAGGCACUGACUUGCUUAUCUGAACACCACAAAAAGUUUGUGAGAUAACAAGAGCAACUCAUACAGACAUUCAGAACUGAAAUCCGGAAUGGCAAAUAUAGGAUAACAUACCCUUUCAUAGUGGAAUCAAUUGGAUUUCACUGGUCUUUUGAAAAAAUAUAUAUGUAUAAACACGUAAGUAUAAACUAGACUCAAAGAGUGUAGUCUGGUUCUCACAGGCACCAUGGAUAAAAUUUCAUUUACUAUUUUAUUUUUAUUUAUUUAUAUUAUUAUUAUAAGCAUUUUUUUCUUUAAAAGAAAAUAUCUUUGCUGUCUUCUAUAUGUUAUAAAUAGCAACCUUCAUUAUAAAACUUGAACCAAUUCACAAACAAGAACAUAAACAACCAUGGUGUUCUCCCUGAAGGCUUUAUUUUCUCUAUUGUAUCUGGUUUGUAUCAGUUGUUUUUCUUCAUCUGUUGGUUCAUCAGGCUUGUAGCCUGGACUCUUCCAUUUAAAAAAUGAAAGCCAUAGCGGAAAUAACCUGGGAUGCUAAUUCAAACUAAUACAAAGCUGCUAAUAGGAGGUUACAAAACAAAACUAAUAUAUUUAUUUUAUUGCAUAUGAACAUCUGGACUAGAGACUAAUUUCCAUCAUUAUUAUAUUCACAGUGAAUUCCCUAUACUCCCAAAUACUCCCUAGCUUGGUCUCAUAAACCACGCUUUUGCACAGAGAAAUUAAGUAGAUGUUUUAAAGUCUUAUUUUCAAUGCCUUUAUCUUUUUGUUUUCUUGUGUAGAUGGUUACAGUUUUAUUUUUGAAACUGAGUAAGUGGUAUGUAUGCAUUUACACACCAAAAAUACCUCUGAAAUUUUAUUUGGAUACAUAUUCCAUUCUUUCAUUUUCACUGUGUUCUGCAAGUAUGCUUCCAUAUACAGCACUUCUUUUUCCAUUGAGUACAGUGUUUACUUUAGCUAUCCCAAAUGUCAAUAGUUAUGUUUUGCAGCUGUUAAAAUACCACAUAAGUGUAGCAUCAACAACUUCAGUGUGUGACAUGUUGAUUUUUAGAAAUAAAUGUACAUGAAGUUGAUUACAGGCCAUUAGUAGUUGCACUAUAACUGUUCUAAAAUCAGUAAAAUUUUACACUUUUCCUAAGGCUUUUCAAAAACUCAUACUUGUCUUCAUGAAAGGAUACUUCCUCCUUGAUAACACAAAAGGAUUCCUGCUGGAAAAUGUUAUGCAUUUGAUUGGAUUUCUAGUACAAAGAUAAAGGCUGCUCUAAAUGUUUAGGUCAGUUUAAGGUGCCUGUAAAUAUACAAUAUCUGAAAUCGUAUUGUAGGUACAGCAUUGUCAUAUCAAACCUUCUAGUUAUUGGGAGAAGAACUUGUUCUUUUCUUUUCUGAGCUUAUCACACUAUCAAAAUGCAUUUCUGAAUAUCUAGUAGGGUAUAUGGAAUGUACAAGGAAGGCAAAUAUCUUGACUGUAGGUCCCUUGCCAGCCAAAGCCUUCUGUAACUUCGAUUUGUUGUUGUAUGUCUUCAGGUCAUUUCCAAUUUAUUGUGACCCUAAGGGAAAUAAUCACAAGGUUUUCUCAGAAUCUUUUCCCACCAUUCCCUCAGUUCUGUUUUGUUGCUUAAGAUAUAUCUAGCACAGUGGUUCUCAACCUAUGGGUCCCCAGAUGUUUUGGCCUUCAACUCCCAGAAAUCCUAACAGCUGGUAAACUGGCUGAGACUUUUGGGAGUUGUAGGCCCACAGGUGAGAACCACUGAUCUAACACAUCAUGAUCUGCUUUCAACUUGGAUGCACUAUUUGUUUUGCAAUUUUGACAUUUGGAUCCUCUUCCAUAUAACUAAUUACUAUAUAUAUUCAACAUGUUGAAUACUGUCAAACCAAAGUCCACUGGUAGUCCAUGCCUAUCAUCACUUCAAGGUGAUUUCCUCACCUCCACCAGUACCAACAUUGGAAUGCUGUUUCCAAAGUCAAACACUUUUGCUGAUUUAUGCUUUCUUACUUCAUGUAAAAGAAUAUAAGAGUGUGAAAGCACAUACUGCCAUCAUGCUAUUAUAUUGCACAAACAUGGAAUUUUAAUAAUGGAUGAGAGUAGAUGUGCUUUGUCCCAAUAAUAAUGAAAGUGAGAAGGUGCUAAACCUUCACUGGUAUUAAAGUAACCUCAGACUGAUAAACUGUACUUAGUUGUCAGUGUGUUCUCUAAAUACAACACUUCUUGAUCAGAAAGAUUUGCACACCAUCUUAGAUAAUAUUGAUUCUCACAUUAAAAACACAAAAUGGCCUAUCAGACCUAUGAAAUUGCAUGUCAAUGUCUCCUAGCUUCAAAAUACAUUUGAAGAUGAAAGUCACAAAAAUGUUUACCCAAUGGUCGAUUUUCUAUCGCUCUUAUACAGAAAUCUCAAGUUACUAUUUAAGCUGGGGGAGAUGUAAAGAACACCAGGAGGAAUCUCUUGACAAGCAUUUUCUAGAAUAAAUCCUCAGUAAUUGAGGAGCACACAUUUUCUUUCGGAUCACAGUAAUUUCAGAUCCGUUUGAAUCUCACUCUGAUGGAUUUCGAAUGAUGAUGUGCCUGAUGUAAGAACAAUCUUAUUAAUCUAAAUCCAGUCCACCAGGAUAAGCUAAGAUCUCAAAACUAGUUUAAAUGCUUCCUCCAAAAGAACUGCCUUUGAAAAUAUUUCACGGACAAGUACUUGAUAACAUAUCUGCCAUUUAUCUCAUGAAAAUUCAUUCAUUUUAUGAAUAUUCCACUCUCAAAAGCUAACAGUCCUUUGAUCAUCAACCAUCCUCAGGCAUCAAACCAGCAAAUAGCUAGUUGCCUCCAUGCAAUUUGAUCCAUGCCUUGUGUUUGCGCUUUCAAAAAAACAAAGUUAUAGACACUCCAAAGAAGGACUAAUAACUGAUCAUGAGAUAUUUGUAUAUAAAUCAUCUUGAAUUCUUUCUACACCUACAAGAUCUUGAGAGAUCUUGAAAAGAGAGGUGGUUGUGGCAUUCAGUAGUGAGCACAACCAGAAGUCUCAACCUAUCAUUUUCUGUGAAGUUUCUAUUUUAUAUUUCUUUAUUCCUACCUGUCAAUGGCAUAACAAAUACAUCUAGAAAUAUCAAAAGCAUCUAGAAGUAUCUUCAGAAAUUCUUCCUUGAGUGUUUUCAGAGUCGGUCUGCAGACUAUUUUCAAUAGAACUGAAAAGCAGAGACAAAACCCACAAUGAAAAUGUAGCUUCAAUACUUCUACACUUUCAUAUCCAUUGAAUGUGUUUUGUUUAGAGCAUUAAAUGUUUGACCCAUACACAGCCCAACAAUUUAUAGCAAGCUUUGUAUCAAGUUUAUUUGUUUAUCUUACUAGGUGCUUCAUUAAGAAGUCGAACAAGUAGAUGAGUUUGCUAUGUUGGCCGCAACUGACAAAGUGAUGUUUCAGCUGUUAAACUAUAUCACCACUUUCUAUUCCAGGAAUCUGCAUCUUUAGGUUAGAAGAUGCACACAUUUCUAUUCCAAAGGUUCAAACAUUCACUUUUCUAUCUCGGAAUACAAUCUGAUGCAUGCUAGGAUUAAGACCCACUGAAGAUAAUGGUCUUUCUGAGUUAACAGCACUAUUCAUUGCAUAUUUAUACAUUUAAUCCAAGGGCCAACUUUGCUAAGGACUUAUAGAUACUUUCUGGCAGUAUUUUAAACCUCUACCCUGUUGUGAGCUCAAUGGUGAUUUGACCUUUGGGACCUGGACUCUCAUGUUUUAAUCAUUUUAGUUUCUCAAGUGUUGGAAACAUAGACUUUAAAUCAAUAUUCCAGUACUGACAAUAUUUCCACUUGAACACUUUUCUCAGUGCUUUUGGCAUUUAGCUUUACUUUCUCCUUUCUUUCUGUAUAGUAGGCUAUUAGAAUUAUGGUCUAGAUUCAAGCGGGGGUCUGAGAAAACUACACAAUGAGCCCCACAUUCAUGUUACUUUUUAGCUGAACAACUUGGUUACUUCAUUUAUAUUAACCUGAAUUAAUCACUCUGUGUAUGUUCUAUUGCUUUAAAGUUUAGUACAACCAAAAUGUAAAAUGCUCACUGAUGCUCAUUGAAUUAAAUGUAGUCAAAUGCACACUUUGGUUAAAGUCAUUGCAAAUUCACAGGCCCAAAAGGGCAGAACCUUGAGUAACAAUUUCCAAAGUGUUUCAGGAUUUUUACUUAAGGUGUUUUAUUAUAGAUUUCUUGUAUAGUGGUCUUUAGCAUUUCUAUUCAAUCUUUUCUAUCCUUCUUGACAUAUUCUGGCCAACACUGUUCCUUCUUCUUUAGCAUCCGUACUUCUGAAUUUGGUUAAGACCUGCCUUUCUUCCUUAUAGUACUUUUUGUACAAUGUGGGGGGCAUGCUUUAUCAGCACUGCAGGUAUUUGUCUAUUAAUAUAGAUGCUUGUUUAUAAUUUGACUUUACUCUGAAGAUUAAUCUCUUGCUAAAUGAUCUUGGCAAUAGCUAGUUUAUGCAGCGUACAGUGCUGGCUCACUGUUGCAGGCACUUUACUAAUGAAUGUUGGUUACUCCUAUCCAUAUACUUGCUGACUGAAGUAAGAUUGAGUAUAUGUAAUUCCUCCUCUUGCAUUAGUUCUAAGGGACACCUUUAAUGAUCUAAAUAAGGUCUUCAUGGCUCUGCAGCAGUCCAAGAGGAACCUUUCUGUAGGGCUGCUGCAGAAAAAGCCUAUCAUACUGAAUGAAACACUUGCUAGUCAAGGAUUGUAAGGGCUUAUCAAUAGAGAGAAAUAGGCAGCAGCUGAUGAAACUGAGGGUGCAUACUGCUAACACAUAAAGAUAAUCUAAGGAAGGUUUUGUCCCAGGUCUCCCUGGCCUUUAGAGAUGUCCCACACAUUAUUGGGCUUUUCAAAACAAAGGGAUUUAUAUUUUAAAGUUAAGUACAAAGCAGAAGCCAUAUUGGCACCUUUUUGCACACCAUGAACAGACAAAUCACCUCCAGAAAUCAAUAAUUGUUCCAAAAUACCAUUUCCCAAUUGUUGAAAUGUUGUCUGUACACAGCCUCUCAGAUUGUGGCCUCUCAACUAUAGUGGCCUGCAUCACCUUUGUGGACCUAACUGUUCAGGUUAAGUAUAAAAUUAAAUUAAUGCAUUUGCCUGAGAGGUUCUUCAUAAGUAUGUUACACUUAAGCAACUCACUGCUGUUUCUGCAGCUCUUGGUUACUAGGAGUGGAAUUUCACAUAUAAUUAUAACAUUACGAUGUUAGGAGCUAAUUAAUUCCUUUUUAACAAGUAAACAGGUAUGAGGUGUGUUGCACAAAAACAAUUUUCAGUAGGUAAAUCUAUACAAUGUUAAGUUGAGCUGCUUAAUUCAUGUGACAUAUUUCAUGGAACUAAAGGUCUAUAGCUUCAUCUAAAAGCUUGUAAGUUUUUUCUCUUCUUUUAGUAUUUUGAAUGUUUGUCUGAUACAUUAUCAAACUGUAUACAGACAAAAGCAAACAUUGUGUCCAAUCUAGAUUGUCAUUCUUUCCUGUAUAAGGAAUCGCUCUUGCUCCCUGUACUAACAAGAAUGUAUGUAUGUAUACAUAUGAGGAUGAGAUUGUAGCCUUUAAACAAGUAACAGUUUAUUUCUUGUUUCUGAACUUCUCUAUUAAGUCUUUAAAUGCUUGACUUAGAUAAACUGUACUUUUAUAUGACUUUCUGACUUUCUCCUGUCUAUAAUUAAAAACUAUAUUUCCCUGUU